UUUAGUUAGUUUGGGCAACUCAAGCUUGUCGCAAAGUAAAGGAAAACCAGAAAACCAACUAAAACAACAUACAGCAAAAAAUAAUGUUGAAACCUUAAGCUAAAUAAUAAGAAAACUAUGUCCUUAGCUUGUAUCUUUUUUUUAAUAGUAAUCAAUUACGUUAUUUAAUUUUUUUUUCUCUGCUUGUGUAAAUGGUUCGUGAGACUCGACAUCUGCAGAUCGGCAAUUUGCCGGAUAAUAUCUCGGAAUCUAAAAUUGUGGACCAUUUUAGCAGAUAUGGAACAGUACAACGUGUAAAGAUAUUGAGUGGAAAAUGUGAUAAUUUAAGUGCAACCGUAUCUUUCAUUGAUAUCCGAGCAGCCUCCAAAGCCCAUAAUUCGGAAAAUAGAUUGGAGAACAGAAAUUUGUGGACAAAAUAUUAUGAGCCACCUUUUUCUUCGUCAACAACAACCACAUCAUCUACCAUUGUUCAACAGCAGCAACCCUUGCCUACACCAGGAUCUGAUUCUUCAGCAACAUUUAAGGAUGAUCGUCCACUUGGUAUUUGUAUAAGAAAUUUGCCCAUCAGAUCCACAGAUUCUAGUUUAAAAGAUGGAUUAUUCCAUGAAUAUAAGAAACACGGUAAAGUAAUUGGUGUAAAGGUGACCGGCCAAGGAACUGAUCGGGUUGCUGUUGUUUCAUUUAAGAAAGCAGAAGAUGUCGAGAAAGCUUUAGAGGUCUCAAAAAACAAAUUAUUCUUCGGAUGCAAGAUUGAAGUUACACCUCAUGAAGGGUUGGAUGCUGAAGAUAAUGAUUUUCGUCCAUUGGAAGCUGAAUUAGAUGAAUAUCAUCCAAAAGCUACGAGAACUUUAUUUGUUGGUAAUUUAGAGAAAGAUAUAACCACACAAGAAUUACGAUCUCAUUUUGAAAUUUUCGGUGAAAUCAUUGAGAUAGAUAUUAAAAAACAAGGAACCUCAACCUACGCUUUCAUCCAGUAUUCCGAUAUAUCUAGUGUAGUUAAGGGUAUGCGGAAACUGGAUGGUGAAAACCUUGGUGCCAAUCGGAUUAAAUUGGGCUUUGGUAAAUCAAUGCCCACCAAUUGUGUCUGGCUUCAUGGUAUUUCAGAAUCUACAUCAGAUAAAUGUUUGUUUCGUCAAUGUUCACGCUUUGGCACCGUUGUUUCAUUAACAGUGGAUAGGGAAAGGGGAAAGUGUCUUGUAUGUUAUGAAUCAGUUGAAUCUGCUUCUAAUGCAGUCACUGAUCUGAAGGGUCGCCUAUUUAAUGGUAGACGUCUUCAGGUUGAUUUUGCAUCUCGUGAAUGUCAAAAAUUAUUUUUUGAGAAGUCUUACCUGAGUCAAUGGUCAAAGUACCCCGAGUACCCUGAUGUCUUAAUUCCAUUGGAUACCAGUGAUGUGAUUAAAGUUAAUAAUAAAAAAUUAUUCUCAUCAACUUCCGGUAGUGUUAAAUCUAAAACCGGAAUAGGUGUUCAUGGUGCUAAAGAAACCAGUGCAAUUCCAUUGAAAACGGUUGAUGCAACAUCAUCCAUGAUCAACAGAAGUUUAACCGAUCCUCGUCGUCAAUCUUCAACUGUCCAUCAUCAUUUAAAUUCCUUAUCCUCUAGUGAGGUUCCCACUUCGUCGACGCCAACAUCCACAGGUAAUAAUAAUGUUAAUAAUAAUAAUAGUAAUAAUAUUGUUGGUGUUAUAAGUGGUAAUCAUACUUCGUCUGUGACCAAUCCAUCAAUCUCAUCAUCCGGUCCAUCCUCUUUGGAAUCAAUAAAAUCAAUUGAUGAUUAUUCUUUAUCUACACUCCAACAGCUACUGGGAAAUCAAGUCAACACAAGUCACCAUUAUCCGAUAUCGAUUUCGAGAUUGGAGCAUAUUAAUGAAAAAUAUGAACCAAAAGAGACGACAUCAACAGUAUCUUUUUCUAGUGUUGGAGAAGCGAGUGGUUCCUCUUUGAAACCAGCCUUUCGAACCAAAGCAGCCGCCAAAGAGUUUUCAACAUCUCUCGACGAAAAGUCAUCUUCAUCAUCUUUAUCGAGUUCAACUGUUGAAUCAAAGCUUCACCAUUAUCAAUCAACAUCGUCUUAUUUGCAUGACUCCAAAGCUCACCAUCACCAUCCAUCGUCACUGUUUACGCGUAAACUUUCUGAACCAGGGAAACUUAGCUCGAUUGAUAAGUCAAAAUCAGGAAACUGUACACCAAGCACUCCAAAUACUCCGCAAUCUGCUCCAGCUCGGUGUAAUUCAUUCUCACCCUUUUCAACCUCAAUCACAUCAUUGUCGUCAUUAUCUACAACAAUAACAACAAUAACAACAACGACGGCAACAACAACUGGAGCCUCAACCGCCUCUUCAUUGACCUGCUCAAAUCUUCCGCCAACCUCCUCUCGUCUUGGCUCAAUCUCAUCAUCAGGCUCAUCCUUGACUGCGUCGGCGGUAUCCUCAUUAUCAUCCUCAGGAUCCUCACCAUCCGUUGCUCCUAAUCUUCUUAAUAGGGCAUCAUCCUGUUCAACCAGUAAUUUAUCUGGUUUAUCAACUGUUUCAUCUAGUACGGUUAAAAAGGAUAAUAUCGGGUUAAAUAAUGUUUCAAGUAGCAGUAGGAAUGAUGCACGUCGAUUAUCAGCCUCAUCUGAUCUCCGACAAGGUAACAGUAAAAAAGACAAUACAAUUGGAUCAAACCAAAGAAAAGAUUUGCUCAGUGGGAGCUCAUCCACAUCAAACUCAACCAGUUACACAUCAUCAUAUGUUAAUAAUUUGUCUCAUCAUGAAUCAACUAGCUCAAUACCUAAACGGUCAAAUCAAAUUCAUCAUUCAUCUUCUCUUUCUUCUUCAUCUUCCACAUCGAUAUUUGGUCCAAAUGUGAAAUCUCUUAGUAGAAAUGAUCUCAAAAAGACAACAGAAACAUUGUCCAGUGCAACUUACAAUCGUCACUCUUCCAGUGAUGAUGUAGACCAAGAUUCUGACAAUCAUUUAACCUCCUCUGGAGGUACCAAUAUCAGUCAUGAGCCUGGUAAUGUUGCACGUAAAGGUGAUAAAACUAAGUCACAUUCAAAAGAAGACAAAAGUGAUUCAAAAGAAUCUAUUAAUAUAGGUUCAUCAUUUCUUGCAUCUUCUUCAUCAUCAUCCAAUACCAAUAAUAGUUUACAUUUUCCAAAGAAACAUGAUAAAGAAAGGAAAAGUUCACAUAACAAUAGUGGAAAUGAUGGUAUAAAUAUUGGUUUGAGCAAGUUAAAUGACAAAUCUCGAGCUAGUGGAGACAUUCCUGGCAAUAACAAUAACAAAUCUGGUAAAGAGGAGAAAAAGAUGUUCAAAAAAGAAGGUAAAAUACACAAGGGAACCGAUUCAUCUAUUAAUAAAGAAAGGGUUAAAUUAAAGUCGCAAUCAUCAUCAUCAUCUUCAUCUACUUCAGGGAAUCUGCAACAUCAAGAUAAACGAAGUUGUUUUGAAGGUAAAGAAAAAUCUAAAGAGAAGAGUGGAUUCAAGAAAGAGAAGGAUAAAAAUCGAGAAAAGAAUGGUAAAGGAGGAGAAAAGGAGGGAAAGGUAUCAAAAGACAGAGAAAAGGACAGAGAAAAGAAGACUCAAGAGGAAAGAGAUCGUGAAAUGGCUGAGAGGGAAGAGAAGAAGCAGCUUGCCCGUUAUCGAUCGGAAAUGAAAAAACUGGGAAUAACAGAUGAUGAACCAAUUUACUUUUCAAUGUAUGAUAAAGUGAAAGCUCGAUCAAGUCACAAUCAAAGUUUGAAAGAGGCCAAUAAAGAUAUGGAUGCGAUGAGGUCAAAGUUUGAUGUGCUUAAGCAGAGUCGAGCUAAAAAAGAGGAUCGAGGUUCACGUAAUACUGACUCAGACUCAGAUGAUUCUGAUUCUGAUGAGGGAGGAGCUGGAAGUGGUGCUGAUAGAUCUGGAAUGGAAAUAAUCCGUCAACGAAGAGCAUCAUCGGCAGCUGCAUCAACAACUCCAUUAACAACAAGCACAACGACACCUUCAUCGUCAUCUUUACCAACUCCAUCAUUACCUGCAACUGCUUCAACAACAACAACAACAACAACUACAUCAUCAUCAGUAACAGCGUCCUCUUCCUCUUCCUCAUCCUUGAACCGUUUAAAAUCUAAAUCAAAUUCUGGUGCUAAAAAGAGAAAAUUAAUCAUUGAAAGUUCUCCUUCAUCAUCAGAUAAUGAUGAUGAUAUGGAGGAUGAUGGUCCAUCUGGUAUUAAUGCAACCUUAAUUGCUGGUAAUUCCUCGAGUAGUUCAAAGGUGGCAAAGAAGGCCAAGAAAAGUGUCCCUCCUAAACCACUUGACUCUGAUUCUGAUUCUGAAUUUGGAUUUGAAGCUUUAUUAGCUUCUGCCAUGAAAAACUCUGCUCACUCAUCAUCCACCUCCAAGAAAACCAAAGACCUAAUUUACUCAAGUGAUAGUGAUGAUGAAAUCUCAAUGACUUCACCACGUUAUAAUAAGCCUAAGCCUUCACAUAAAUUAACAGAGGAUAGUUCAGACGAAGAGAUCACAACCAAACCCAAGAUACCAAAGAAAUUCAAGAAGGAAAAUAGUAAUGGUUCUACUCAUUCUAACAAUAAACACAAAAAGUCAAGUAAAGAUGGUUCAGUUGAGGUUAAAGUGAAAGAAGAGAAAAUGGAUGAUCGUCCUGAGAGACAUGAGAAUGAAGAUAAUGAAUCAACAAGCAAAAGUUUAAUGUCAUCGAAAGAUGAUAAAAAAGAAGGGCCCAUUGCUGCAACAUCAUCAUCGUCUUCCAACCAUCCAUUGUCUACAUCUUCAUCUAAAUGGUCAUCUCUAUCAUCGAGUCAUCAUCAUCAUAAAAGUGAUAAUUCAUCCAGUAAGGAUAAAAGUGAUGAUAAGAUAGCGAAAAAGAAAUUAAAACUAUCUAAAGAAAAGGAAAAAGAUCGAGGUGAUAGAGAAGAUGAGAAACAUUCAACAUCGAUCUCAAAGGUUCGCUCAGAGGAUAGAGACAAUGAUGGGCCAACAUCUAUCAAACGAAGUAAGGAAGAUAAAAAGUUGAAGGAAAGAUCCAAAGAAAAUAAAGAUGGCCAUUUGGAAAAGGUUAAAGAGAAGAGUCAUGAGAAGAAGAGUCAUGAUAAAAAUCAUGACAAACAUGAUAAGGUACAUGAUAAACUUCAUGAUGCAGUGUUGACUAAAUCGGAUAAAGAUGUUGACAACAAAUUAACAACUGGACCAGUAACAUCGUUUGGUAACCACGAGAAGAAUGUUAGUGAUAAAAUUGAGAAACGACGACUUCAAUCAAUGUCCAGUGGACUUGGUGAUGAUUUUGAUGAAAGCAAAGAGAAGAGUAAAAAGAAAAAGAAAAAGGUAAAAAGUGUUAAAUCAAAGGAUAAGGAUAAACGACACAAAGAACGUAGUUGCAGUGAAUCAUCAUCUCGUGAAAAGUCUUCAGCCAAAUUUGAAAAUGAUUACAAAUUGGAAUCUGAUGCUGACCUUAGGUCAGAUGCAUCUGAUUUUGAGCAGAGUCUCCAAAGGAUAGAGAAAAUUGUUAGUCAAGCGGAUUGUGAACCUGAACCACCAUCUCGGGUAACAGUGUUGAAAUGUGGUCCUGAAAAUAGUGAUAAAUUAACAGUUUCAACUGUUUGUGCCACCUCAUCAUCUAUUUGGGAUAAUCAUUCAAUCAGCUCAAUUAAAUCAACUGCAUCCAAACAUGAGGAUCAUGUGUCUACCAAAUCUCUGUCUCACAAUUUGGAUCGUUUAAGUGAUCACUCUUUAAGUGGAAGUGUAUUAAGUGAAAAAUCAAAUAAGCCCAAUAAAAAAUGGCUUAAAGAAGUGAAUGCCAAUAAUAACAGUGGAAAUAUUUUGACAUCAACAUCAAUGGAAUCAUCAUUGCAUGGGAAGGAGGGUAAAGAAGUCAGUGAGAGUCACCAUUCACAUCAUCAUCAUUACCAUCAUGGUAAAGAUGGUCUUACCAUGGAAACAACUGGAUUAGGAGUAAUAAGCGGAGGUAAGAAGAAAGAAAAAGAUAAUAAGGUUAAAUCUAGUUCUAGCAAUAAUAAUGAGGAAAGAAAGAAGUCUAAAAAGAUGAAAGAUCGAGAUCGAUUGUCAUCUUCAUCUUUAUCAACUUCAAGUCAUAAUGAGAAGGAGGCUAAUAAAGAGAAAGAAAAGGAAAUUGGUGGACAUAGGAAGUCAACAUUUAUUGGAGAAGAAAAGAGAUUUGAAAAAGAUAGGAUGAUGGAAAAAGAAACAAUGAGAGAGAAAAUAUUGAGUGAAACCAAGGUGAAACUGGAAUUAUCAUCAUCGUCAUCAUCUUCUUCUUCAUCAUCAUCAUCAGCAGCUCCAACAACAACAACUACUACAGCAGCAGCAACAGAAACAACAACAACAUCAACUUCAACUUCAACAACAACUACAACUACAUCAGUGACUGUUGUUGAGGGUAAAACGCAUAAUGAAAAACCGGUUAUGAAAGAAGAAAAGAAAGAUGAUGAACACAAAGUUGUUGGUUCAGUGAAACGAGUCAAGAGCCCAUCUCCAUUGAAAAAGUUAUCCAAUGUUGGUUCUAUCAGUGAUUUAAUGGUGGAGAAGAAAGGUGCACCAGGAUUGGGUGAAACUGGUGAACCUGUUAAAGAUAAAUAUCAACAUCAGCGACUUUCUUCUUUGACUAAUGAAGAAGAUGAUCUUGAGACAAGAGAACAGGCUCGUCUUCUUGAGAAAGCCAUCUAUAACAGUCAUUCAUCAGAAGAGAACAGUGUUGAUGAUUUUACUAGUCUACAUUCAACUCACAAUUCAAGCUCUUCAGGUUUGAAGGUAGCCUCUGGUCCGUCUGCUUUAUCUAAAGAAGAGAAGAUAAUUAGGGAGAGAAGGUUUGAAGAAGAGGCAGCCAUUGAAACUCAAAGGUUGGUAGAAGAGUUGAAGGCAGAUGAAAGCUGGAAUCAUUUCAAAGAACCUAAAGGACUUUUCGAUGAACUUAUCGUUCCCUGUUCUAAAAAAGAUGAUGAACUUUCUAAACCUGUUAUGGAAGAUGAACGACGAAUCCUCGAAUCUAACAUAUUUGGUGCCAUUCCAAGUGGUCCUGAGAGUAAGGUAACAUUUCCACACCAUCUUCAUCAUCCAUCCAUUCUUAACGUUGAUCCCUUCAAGGUUGACGAUGUUAAAGAAUGUGAAAUUGAUGAUCAGCGAAAGAUUGAAGAUGACCUCGCUGUAUCAGCUCUUCUUCAAGAGAUGAAUGUUGAAUCUAUUCCUGAACUUACCAAAGAACCAGAACAGUACAUUGAACGUAUUGCUUCACCAACUGAACCCGAAAUUGACAUGGCUUACAUGGUUGCCGAUGAAGAUGCACCACUUCAAAUUGCCGAAGAAUCAGAUGAUAGUUCGAUUGCUAAAUUGGACGAUCAAACUGAAAAUAAUGCAGCCAUUAAUAGCAUCAGUUCAUCAAUAGUCAACUUCAAAGACAACAACACAAGUAGCAGUAGUAUUGAUAAUAACAUUAGUGGGAUCAGUACGAGCUCAUUUACCUCAUUACCAUCAACUGGAGCCAGUUCACUCAAUAGCUCAAGCAAACCUAUUGCUUCUAGUCCCAUUCAUGGCUCUGCUACAAGUCAAUGUAAAGAAGAAAAAGAAAGCAUCAAAAAUGUCGAAACUGGAAAGUUCUUGCCAUCAACACUUUCAUCUUCCUCACCUUCAUCAUCAUCAUCAUUCUCAUCUUCCUCUUCAUCCUCAUCACUUUCAGAGGGUGAACACACAGAUAAUCAUAACCAGAGGAAAAUUGCCGAUGAUCUUGCUGAUACUGUUGUUGAUUUACCAUCAACAACAACAACAACUACAACAACUUGUUCUGUAAAUUCUGUCACAACUUGUUCUGCUUCUACUGGAACCUCCAUCUUGGAAAAUGAGAUUAUGAAAGAAGAAAAGAAAUACUCUGAAGAUGAAAAAAGUUUAUCAUCCGCAUCAUUAUCAUCAUCAAUUGUAAAAACAACCUCAGCUCAACCAAUUUUAACAACAUUACCAUCGACAACAGUAAACACCAUCUUGUCAUCAACAUCAACAUCAUUAACAACAAUAACAACAGUAACUCCAACUUUACCCACCACCAUUCCAACAGCAGCACCAACGCCACCAUCAACUACAUUAUCAAUAUCAUCAUCUUCCUCGUCAUCAAUUGUAUCCAGAAGAAGAAGCUCCUCCAAAUCGGAAGACAAGAAUAUAGAGUCAACUCUGUGCUCUGAAAAGAAGGAAGAUGAUGUUUCUGGUAUCAUUGGUAAAGAAAGUCCUAUUAAAGAGUCUAUCAGUCCUUUGGUUGAUACAAAUAGGCAAGAAGAGAGGCGACCAAGUGAAACAUCAUUAUCUUCCAAUUUAUACUUGGAUUCAAGUCAUAUUGAUUUGAAUGCCAGUGAAAAUGAUGGUUGCUUCGAUGAUGGUGAAGAAGGUAAUGAGAAAUUGAUCAUUGAUGAAACACCUUUAGUUGAUAAAAUACCAUCAACAUCGGAUUCACCAUUUCACCAUAGUGAAACUGGAGAAUCAUUUUUGGGUAAAACUGAGGAUGAUUCACAAGAUGUAUCUGAAAGUAAAACUGAUCAUCGUCAAAUCAGCCAAGAGGAUGAUUUCAGUCUGGUUGGUGUAAAUGAUGAUGAUAGCUGUAGUCGACCUGUUUUUGAUGAGCCAGCUUCUGAUGAUAGUAUGGACAACAAUGAAAGCAAAGCUAAAUUUAUCAGUGAAAAUAUAAUUGAUUCUCUUCUCUCUGAUGAUAAUCAAAAGAAACAACAACCUGAUACAGGCUCAGAUAGUUCAGAAAAGACUGAAUUGUUUGAUGACGAUUCACCAUCAGUUAAUGAGAUUGAUAGUAAAAGAGAAUCAUUGGAGGAAGGAGACAAUGAAGAUAAUACGUCAACAUCUAUGGUUGAGAAGGAAUUUAUUCUUGAAAGGAAUAAAAAGUGUUCAGAAUCAAUCGAUUUGGAUAACCUUGACUCGAAAACGAGCACCAGUUUGAAUGACUUUAAAUCAUCUAAACAAGAUGUUGACUCGGAAAAUGAUGCUGCAUCUGAAACUGAAUCAUUUGUAUUCAGUGUGUCAAAAGCAAAGUUGCAAAUGAAGAGAGAAUCAGGUUCAAGCUUGCCAAACAUAAAGAUUGAUUUGGCCAAAGAGUUAUCUUGUAAAUCUGAAGAGGAAAGUAAAGAUGAUCCAAGAGAUGAUAACAGUCGAUUGGAUGAUGAUGAUGAACGAGGUAAAGGGAGUCUUGAAAGACCCAGAAGAGGGAGGCGAGCCAAGACUCGUAAAUAUUCAGAAUCAUCGUUGCAGUUACCUCGCUAUGAAUCUGGUUGUUCCGAUUCUCAUACUGGUGAACCAGGCAGGAAAGGUAAAUCUCCCGUCUCUGAGCGACCAAAGAGACAUGUUCGUGGCUCUUAUUAUGGGUCAGAAUUUAAUUCCGAUGAUCAACAUUGUGCUGACAAUGAAUCUGCUUACUUGUCUGAUGAUGAGCCAAGCAUUUAUUUCAAUAAACAUCCAUUGAAUGAUCAACACAUUCAUGAUACCAGUUCUCAAGACAAGUCUGAUACUCGUAAGAAGAGAGGAAGAAGGAAAAAGGUUUCUGGUAAUGAAGGCCCGUCUAAAUCAUACGAAGUUGACAUUCCAUCCAAACACAAUAAGGAAAGAAUCUUUCUUUCCUUAUCGACAGUUUCUUCGUCCGAGAAACAAUCAACCGUUUCUAAUGAACCUCGAAAAUCAUUGUCACCCUACGAUGUUUUCGAGUUCAGAGAUUCAGAUGAAGAAGGACCACCGCCUCUUGAAUCUAUGCAUUCCUCAUCCAAUGCAUCUAAAAUUAUUGAUCACAAAGCACAAUAUCAACCGCAAGCUCAAUCAUCUCACCAUCAACACAAUCAUCACGCUCAAGCUCAAAGUUCAUCCAUUUCUUCUGUAUCAAAUGUAAUUCAAUCAGCAUCAGUAUCCAGUCACCAGUAUCAAAAUCAACAUUCACAUCACCAUUCAACUCAUUCAUCACAUUCAUCUUCAUUAUCCAGUUCAUCACACCACGUUAAUGAACUUAGUGAGAAAAAGACUGAAGAAACAAACAAGAAUGACCACAGUAAUGACACAACAAGCGGUAAAGAGUACGUUACUGAACUCAGUCAACAUGGGAAACUUUCAAUCACAAUUCGUUUGCAUUCUAAAGAAGGUCAAGACGGUAAAGAAGGUUCAAGCACUGCCGAGGUUGUUAAGACAAGUAAAGCUCUCCUACCUGACGAUGAUAAAAGUAAAGAUGAUAAAGAUGAAACUACUAACACUAGUGUCUCUAGUGUCAAUGAAAAUAGCAGCUCAGCUAUAAUAAAUAAAACAACAUUGACAAACUUGACAUCAAAUGCACAAUCAACACCAGUGAUUACCUCAUCUUCAUCCUCUGUUGCAACUGAUGCAUCAGCUUCAACAUUGUCUGGUGCUGCUGUUAAACCAACUCGUAAAUCUGCUCGGUUAAUGUCUCAAGCUAACAAGACUACUGUCGAUGAAAUUAUUGAAGAUGUUGUGAAAGGCGUUGGCUCAUACAGAUUAGAUUUAAGUAAAUCAUUCAAGAGAUCAACUCGUCUGAGCAAGAAAGCUGAUGAAAUUCAUGAGGAAGACGAAGAGUCAUUGCCUGAUUCUAAAAUGGAUUCUAUAGACAGUGAAGGUAAAGGUGAUUCCAAGAACGCUAUUCGUACUCUUCGUAUUACCAGAUCUCUUGCUAAAGGAGGCACCAGCUCAACAACAUCUACAUCACAGGCUGUUGAUUCAGAAACAACUGGUUCUACCAGUUCAUGCAAGGAUCUAAUCAUCGAAAAUAGUCAGAAACGUCCAACAUUACCUGUUCUCAAGGUUGAACUACCAAAAAUGCCAUCAUUUGGAAGAAUAAUUGAAAGAAAGUCUGACUCAUCAACAUCAUCAUCUCAAUUUAACGAUCAACAACUUAAACAGCAAUCUUCAACACCAUCAACGUCAACAACGUCAAUAUUGUCUGCUAACGUUUCAAUUCAGCAAAUUCACCAAACUCAGCCACAGAUUCAACAGCAAAUUCAACAGUCUCAACCUCUUAUUCAUAACCAACCACAGUCACAACCACAACCUCAGUCUCAAACUCAGCCGCAAUUACAGCCACAGCCACAAUUACAAGCUCAACCACAGUUGCAAUCUCAGUCCCAUCCUCAACCUCAAUCUCAACCUCAGUCACAACCACAACUGCAGAUACAGACACAAUCUCAGGCUCAAAUUCAACCAAAGAUACAAAUUCAGUCUGGACCUCAACCCCAACAAGUAGCAUCUACUACUUUAACUACACCGUUGACUGUUGCUGUUGCUGAUGAGUCUAAAUCAUCUCUCGCCAAAAUUAAUGAAAUUAAAACUGAAACUCAACCAACAGUUCAUCUUGAUGAGCGAGUACAGCACCAAGACAAACAACCUAAACCCACUAUUGCAGCACCUCUUGUGUCUCCCAAAGUCACUGUUGCAGAUAAUGUUGAAGUACAGAGAGUUCCGUUUAGUAAAAUUUUGGAUCGUAAAAUUGAAUCACAAUCAUUAUCUAAUCCAUCUAAUGACGACCAACAACAAAAGAAACCUCCUCAACCAGUUUCACAACCUUCUAUCCCAGUGUCUCUUGACAAUGGUGAUUUACCUAAAAUGCCACCUCUUGGUAAAAUUGUUGAAAGAAAAACUGAUUCAAUUCCAACUCCAGUGACAUCGCCUUUUCCUAAUGAACAAAAAGCACCACAUCAGCAACAACAAUCCUGCUCAUCUGCAUCGUCAUUGUUACCCACUAACAUUUCAACCGUGCAUAAUGUUGAAUUGCCAAAAGUACCGUUUGGUAAAAUAAAAGACAGAAAAAUUGAAUCGCCAAAUGCGGCUUAUCUUGCUGAACAACAACACCACCUUCACCAACAACAGCAACAACAGCAUCUUUUAUUACAGCAACAACAACAACACCAACAACACCAACAAAAGCAGCAACAGCUCCAGAACCAAUACCAACAAUCUCAACAACAAUUACAAUCGCAACUUCACCACCAACAGAAACAGCCGUUAGUACCAACAAAUGCUACAAUUCAACAACUUCAGCAUGCACAACAAAAGCAACAACCUACAGUAUCGGUUCAAUCCGCACUGUCUGUUAAUGUAUCGUCUACUCCUAAUGUUGAAUUGCCUAAAGUUCCAUUCGGUAAAAUUCAUGACAGAAAAACAAAUCCAACUCCACCACUCUUUACUAUUAGAACGAUAUCCCGUUCUGUGGCAAGGAUUAUUAGCACUUAAAAAUGACCAAGCAGCAGUUCAAAUGCACUUUGUUUCUGGCAAUCACAGAGUAGCUCAAUCAUCAUUACCUCAAGUAAUGGGUGAAGGUGGUACUCCACCAGUUCGAAUUGCCCAGCGAAUGAGGCUUGAGCAAUCACAAUUAGAAGUUGUUGCUCGUAAAAUGCAGAUGCAAGAUGAACAUGCCAUUCUUUUAGCUUUACCCACUGGUCGUGAUCACAUGGACAUUCUUCUCCAAUCAAAUAACUUACGAAAUGGUUUCAUAAAUUACCUUCAAAGUAAACAAGCAGCAGGCAUAGUCAACUCAAAUGCUCCAGGAUCUCAGCAGGCUGCUUAUGUUAUCCAUAUAUUCCCUUCAUGCGACUUUUCAAAUGAAAAUCUAGCCCGGAUUGCACCAGAUCUGUUUCAUAGCAUUGCGGAGAUUGCUCAUCUUCUUAUUAUAAUUGCUACCGUGUAAAAUAUUUCUACCAUCAUAAAAGAUGAUAAAGAUGAAUUUAUUGAUGAGGAUACAAAACAAAAAAUUCAGUGUACAAAUAAUAAAAAUAACAAAUUAAUCUCACAA